UUGCUUAACUGUCAAAACCCAUUUUUCAAACACCUCACUCCACCUAGCGAAUUGAUUACUAUAUAUAGAGAUCUCUGGUUUUUGUGUAAAAUGGCGAGUACAGCCCCUUUGUUUCAUUAUUCCCCUCGAUUUAUAGAUCACCGAAUUACCAAUUCAAAUAAUAACAACAAUUUAUCUUCGUCUUCUACUUCUUGUUCCUCUUCUACUUCGUCGUUUGAUAAUCUCCGAGGAAAUAAUUGGAAUAUCAACACCUUCUCCGAUUUGGGGCAGUACUUGGAAUUAAAUAGUUGAUGGUACCAAAAAACUCGUUUCAUUCUUCACUAUAAAGGCCAUACCUUCAACACUGCAGGGACAAAGCAUCAAAACCUCAAAGCUCAAGCCAUGAGUACAACUCAAGGAACAUCACCAAGAGGCAAUAUUAAUGUGAAAGAUGAACCCGACCAUCUUCUUGUUCUUGUUCACGGCAUUAUGGGAAGCCCAAGUGACUGGACAUACUUUGAAGCAGAUUUGAAGAGGCGGUUAGGGAAAAGAUUUUUGAUAUACGCAAGUUCAUGUAACACGUACACUAAAACCUUCACUGGAAUCGAUGGAGCUGGAAAACGACUAGCUGAGGAAGUCAUGGAGAUUGUGAGGAAUACAGAAAGCCUCAAAAAGAUAUCCUUUUUGGCCCAUUCUCUUGGUGGAUUGUUCUCAAGAUAUGCAAUUGCUGUUCUCUAUAUGCCAAAUACCUCUUCUGAUGACUCCAGUGUUAUAGCGGGCUCUACUAACACAAGUCUCAAGACCUCAUGCUAUUCAAAUACGGGGUUGAUUGCUGGGUUGGAACCUAGUAACUUUAUUACCUUGGCGACUCCUCAUCUCGGAGUGAGAGGAAAGAAGCAGCUUCCAUUUCUUCUUGGUCUGCCUUUCUUAGAGAAAAUUGCUGCACCACUUGCCCCCAUUUUCACUGGCCGAACUGGCAGUCAACUCUUCCUUACUGAUGGCCAGCCUGACAGACCACCUCUAUUAUUACGAAUGGCAUCCGAUUGUAAAGAUGGAAAAUUUGUAUCUGCCCUUGGUGCUUUCAGAUGUCGCCUUCUUUAUGCUAAUGUCUCUUAUGACCAUAUGGUUGGUUGGCGCACAUCAUCCAUAAGAAGGGAGACAGAACUUAUCAAGCCUCCUCUUCAGUCACUGGAUGGCUAUAAACAUGUUGUUAGUGUGGAGUACUGUCCACCAGUCUCGUCUGAGGGUCCCCAUUUCCCUGAGGAAGCAGCCAAAGCUAAACAGGCUGCCCAAAAUGAACCCAACAAUCAGAAUACAGUAGAAUAUCAUGAAACUAUGGAAGAGGAAAUGAUACGUGGCUUACAACGACUAGGAUGGAAGAAAGUUGAUGUCAGCUUUCACUCUGCAUUCUGGCCAUUUUUCGCACACAAUAAUAUUAAUGUGAAAAAUGAGUGGCUCUAUAAUGCCGGGGUAGGAGUGGUUGCUCAUGUUGCAGACAACAUAAAGCAACAGGAGAAUCAACAAGGUUCUACAUAUGUUGCUGCCAGUUUAUAGUUCUCUACGCCUGUACAUAAUGGCGUUAGCCAUAUAUAUAAUAUUAUUGCAUAAUAUUUAGUUUCCUUCUUUUAUAGUUUUCCUUUUUGUUUACUUGUAAUAUGUAAACUUAUGUAUUUUCAUUAGAAACAUAAUUUUUGGUGGCUCAAUAGAUUAUUGUUUUCUCUCUUUC